CUUAUGAUGGUGCUUUGAUACUUUUACCUGUCUGUAGAAACAUCAUAAAAUAUUUACGUUUAACACCUUUAUUGAAAUGGAUAAUUCCUUUUGAUGAAAAUCUUUGGUUCCAUCGUCAAUGUGCUUACUCUAUGUUAUUGUGGGCUUUGGUGCACACUUUUGCUCAUUACAUUAAUUUUAUUGUGCUAGAAAGAGCAGGAAAAUUCUCUGCUUAUGCUCUCCACUACACCACUUGGGGUGGUACUACUGGGCAUCUCAUGUUAUUGAUCAUGGUCUUGAUGUACACUUCUGCUCAUGCCAGUAUGAGACAACAAUCAUUUGAAACCUUUUGGUAUACUCAUCAUUUGGCUUUCUUCUUUAUGUUCUGUUUAUAUUUACAUGCUAAAGGUUGCUUUGUUUCAACUGAUGAGACAUUAGGACCAAAAGUUUGCAAGGGUUAUUUCUCAUGGGAAUGGACUAUAUGGGGUGGAAUAAUCUAUUUUUUUGAACGUGUUUUGCGCGAAGUUAGAUCUCGUCAAUCAACGAGAAUAACAAAA